GAGCUGUUUUUAUGUGAGCACUUGGUUAUUUUCAAUGUURUAUGUUGAUCUUAACUUUAGACUGAGCUAAGUUCUGCUGUCGGGUGUUUUUUGUGACCAGUCUUUGUCUUUUGAUAACCCUUAAUUUGAUAGCUAAGCCACCAUGUACACCUAUACGAUCCGUAUGUACACAAGUUCCCUUUCCUGGGCGGGUACAAACGCGAACGUAAACCUCACACUCUAUGGAACAGAGGSCGAAUCACAAGAACAAAUAUUCAAAAACGACUUGAAAACGACUUUYAAAAGUGGCACGAAGGACACAUUCACUGUUGAUACAGAGGUAUCAUUGGGAACCCUAACUAAAGUUCGUGUUGGUCACGAUAAUACAGGUCAUCUUCCUGGCUGGAAGCUUGUCAAGAUUGAAAUCGAAGAUGAUAUGACAGGAAAAGGGAUCGAGUUUGAUUGCUACCAAUGGUUUGAUUUGGAAAGCGGAGAUGGAAAGAUCCAGCGUGAAUUGCACCCAUCAGGAGACUUCAAGGCGAAAACAUACCUUUAUAAAAUAUUUUUCCACACUGGUGAAGUGAGCUUGGCUGGAACCGAUGCAAAUGUCUUUAUCACAUUGUUUGGCACAAAAGGCGACAGUGGGGAGAUUAAGAUUGACAACCAAGGGAAUACAACGUUUGAAAAUGGCAUGAUAGACACGUAUGAUAUUGAGAAGAGACUUCCUCUGGGUACCCUGACUAAAGUUCGUGUUGGUCACGAUAAUACGGGAUUUGGUCCAGGCUGGUUUCUCGAUAAGAUCACCGUGGUCGACGUUCUUAAUGAUCAAAAAGUUGUGUUCCCGUGUGGCCGCUGGCUUUCUGUCGAUGAAGACGACGGAAUGAUAGAAAGACAACUCAUAGGGGACGACUUUGAAAUAAGAGACAAAGAAGCCAAAAUUCGGGAAAUGAAAGAGCAAGAAGAGGAAGACAGGAAAAGAAGGGAAGAGGAAGAGAGAAGAAUGAGAGAAGAAGAAGAAAGAAAGAGAAGAGAGCAAGAACAAAUCGAAAAGUUCGAAAAUGACAAAAAGAAAAAAGAGGAAGAAAGAAAAAGAAGGAUAGAAGAGAAUAGAAAGAAACGUGAGGAAAGGGAAAAGAGAAGAAGUCGGGAAAUUCUUGGUGAAAUCGAUGUUCAAACCGAGAGAGAAAGAAAAAGAAGUGAAUCCGAAGAAAAAAAGCGAAGAGAAGAGGAAAUAGAGCGAAAAGAAAAAGAAAUACUCAAGAAAGAAGAAGAAAGAAARGUUAAGAGACAAAAAGAAGAAGAUGUUUGGAAAAGAAAGGGGAAGGACGAAGAAAAGGAAGAAGAGAGGAACGAAAGAAACCAAGAGGAUAUACUCUUGAGAGAAGAGGAAAAGCACAGAGAAAAACUUAAACUUUUGAUAAAGAAUGAAGAGCGCAGAAGAAAUGAGGAAAAAUGUAGGARAGAAGAGGAAAACCGCCGUAGAAAAGAAGAAAACCGAAGAAAAGACGAAGAAAGACGAAGGGAAGGAGAGGAAAAKCGAAGGAAAAAGGAGGAGAACCGGAGAGAAGAGGAGGAGAACCAAAGGAAGAGAGAGGAGUCUCGUAGAAAGGAAAAAGCCAAACACAGAAACGAAGAAGAUGAUGAAGAAGAAGAGGAACAACGUAGAAAAGAAGAAGAAAAACGCAGGCGUGAAGAGGACAAAGUCAGAGAUGAGGAAGAUAAACGUAGAAAAGACGAAGAUAAGCUAAGAGAAGAGGAAAAAGAACUAAGGGACAAAGAAGAACAGCGAAGAAGAGAAGAAGACAAACGCAGGAAGCAAGAGGAUGAUCAACGAAAGAAAGAAGAUCGGGACCUAGAACUCCAACCAAAUGAGUUUCUCUACAGAAUUUAUUUCUACACGGGAGAAAAAUGGUUUGCUGGCACAGAUUCAAAUAUCUAUGCUACAUUAUUUGGAACGARAGGGGACAGUGGACAGUUUAAGUUUGUUAACCAAGGGACCACAACUUUUGAAGCAGGAAUGUUGGACACAUACGAUAUCAAGACRAAAUUCCCYCUGGGUACCCUGAAGAAGAUUCACGUUAGUCAUGACAACAAGGGCUGGUUACCAGGCUGGUAUCUCAACAAGAUAACUGUAAGAGACACGGUCAAUGGUCAUACCGUUGUGUUUCCUUGUGGCAGAUGGUUAAAAGGAGGCGAAAUAUUCGCUGAUAAAAACGACUUCAAGAUAAGRGACAGAGAAGGAAAAGCAAAAGAAGACGAAGAACAAAGGAGAAAACAGGAAGAGCAGCAAAGACAGGAUGAAGAAAAGAAAAGACAGCAGGCGGAAAGAAAUCGUCAAGAAGAGGAAAAGAAACGACAAGAAGCAGAAAAAAGACGUCAAGAAGAAGAACGAAAAAGACAAGCGGCGGAGCAAAAACGAAAAGACGAAGAAAAAAAACGACAAGACGCUGAGAUGAAGAGACAACAAGAAAGAGAAAUGAGAACGUACAAAGUGUAUUUGUUUACUGAAGACGCGUUCGGGGCCUGGACCGGAACUGAUAUCUAUUUAACCUUAUAUGGAAGUGAGGAAGAAUCCGCAGAGUAUGUUGUCAAUAGUGAAGGACCCUUUGGAGAUGGAAUGUAAGUAGAGUAGUUAUAUAACGACAGUAGUGAAAUCAUGUCUACAUCCGUCAGUCGUAUAUAUAUAUACUAUACUAUAAAUUGAAGAAAUUGAAGAAAAAGGCACACAAMUUGCAACUAGUAUUUCUACUCUUUAUUCGAACGUUUCGGCACUUCGGCCUUCUUCAGCAAACUCUAUAUAUACUAUACUAUAUA